UCGGACACGAUUAUUGAUGGUCGAAUCGAUAAGAAUUUUACGAUAUUUUGAUCAGCAUAUAACUAGCGUUGGAAAUGAUCAUAGCAUAGAGCAUAUCCAAACAAUGAUUGGUAGUAAUUUAACACUAGAUUGUCAUGUACAACUCGAAUCAAAUGAUCGUCUUUAUUCAUUAAAAUGGUAUCGACAAUAUAAUGGCAGUUAUUAUGAAUUCUAUAGCUAUAUUUCAAACUCAAAUGCCGAUCAUGAGCUGAUAAUUCAUCAUAAGACAUUUCCAGGCAUUCGAUUACAUUUAAUGGACGGAUGGCAAAUUGAUGGCCAAAUAAUUCGACUUGAUCAGGUAAAUGUUGAUAGCGAAGGUAUCUAUCGAUGUGAGGUGAUUAGUGAUGAAAUGUUUCAAGUCGAUCGUAAGGAUAUCAAUGUGACCAUCUUGGUGCCACCAAUGGAAGCACCGCGAAUAAUUUAUCCGCAAAAACGAUACCGCUUAGGUGAACUUGUUCAAUUACAAUGUGUAAUGAAUACAACACCAAUAAGCAUAAUGAAAUCCUUAUCUUACCGGAUUCAAUGGUACAUUAACAAUGUAGCCAUAUCAAAAUUAAUCACUUGA